AUGAAGUCUUUUCCACUAAACCCUCUUGCUUUUGCUUUUGCCUGUAGUAUUGUUCUAUCUUCGUCUCUAUUUUGGGCAGCUUCUGCUCACAAACAUGAAGGUUUCCUUCAAUGUCUCACUCGUCACUCUCCAAGUAAUAACUCUAUUUCCAAAUUCAUUUACACUCCUGCCAACUUCUCCUACUCUUCUAUUUUGAAUUUCUCCAUCCAAAACCUCAGAUUCUCGACCGCUGAAACUCCAAAGCCACUCCUAGUUAUAGCACCCUCACAUAUUUCCCACAUUCAGGCAGCCGUCAUUUGCUCCAAAACUCAUGGCCUACAAAUCCGAACUCGAAGCGGCGGCCAUGACUUCGAGGGUCUUUCUUAUGUCUCCCACCUCCCUUUCAUUGUCCUCGAUCUAAUUCAUCUCAGAUCCAUCACAAUCGACGCCAAAAACAGCACGGCAUGGGUUCAGUCCGGUGCAACUCUAGGUGAACUUUAUUACAGAAUUGCCCAAAAAAGUCAAACCCUGGCUUUUCCGGCAGGUUCUUGUCCAACUGUGGGGGUUGGUGGGCACUUGAGUGGCGGUGGAUACGGGUAUUUGAUUAGAAAAUAUGGUCUUGCUGCUGAUCACGUGAUCGACGCUCACUUGGUUGAUGCUAAUGGGAGGAUUCUUAAUCGAGAAUCGAUGGAAGAUGAUCUGUUUUGGACCAUUAGAGGUGGCGGUGGAGGGAGCUUCGGAAUCGUGGUGGCUUGGAAGUUGAGGCUGGUUCCGGUUCCGACGACUCUAACAACUUGCACAGUUAACAGAACUUUGGACAGAGAUGGAGUCAAGUUAAUCCAUCGGUGGCAAUACGUGGCUCACAAAUUGGAGGACAAUCUAUUGCUGGGGAUCAGUUUGACUGGUGGGCAUAUUUUAACACAACAAGGAGGCAAAACAAACCCAGUAGCUUCAUUUCCCACUUAUUUUCUUGGAAAGGUAGAUGAGCUUGUGGCAAUCGUGAACACAACUUUUCCCGAAUUAGGUUUGACAAAAGAAGAUUGCAUAGAAACGAGUUGGAUCGAAUCGACCCUCAUCACAGCUGGGUUUUCAGCUGGAGAAUCCCUUGAAACUUUGCUCUAUAGAAGACCUCUCGUCAACAUAAGUACCAAAAUCAAAUCUGACUAUGUCAAGGAGCCCAUUUCUGAGGCUAUAUUCAAGGGCAUAUGGGAAAGAUUAAACACUCAAGAUAUAGAACUAGCACAAGUUAUGUUUGUUCCAUACGGGGGGAGAAUGAGUGAGUUUUCCGAGUCAGAAACUCCUUAUCCACAUAGAGCUGAAAACAUGUACAAAAUGGGUUAUAUCGUCAAGUGGGAAGAACAAAGUGCCAAAGCAGAGAAAAGACACUUAAAUUGGGUGCGAGAGAUUUAUGAUUAUAUGGCUCCUUAUGUCACAAAAUCGCCGAGAGCUGCGUAUGUCAAUUACAGAGAUCUUGACAUUGGAAGAAACAACGAGUAUGAAAAGACAAACUACGAGCGAGCUAAAGUUUGGGGGUUGAAGUAUUUUGGAAAGAAUUUCAACCGACUCGUACAAGUUAAAACUAGGGUUGAUCCUAGUGAUUUUUUUAGACACGAGCAAAGCAUACCCACCUUCUCAAGCGAAUAUAGUGUUUGGUGAAAACUUGACAUAGCUAAUUUUAUGAGUGUUUAAAGAUCUGUCAACCCAAAAUUAGGGCUAAGAAAUAUUAUAAAUAAAUUUAUAUAUCCCUUUUU